UGGUUGUGACAACACAUCGAUUCACUCGAAAGGAAGAAGAGCUGGGACGUCGCAGUGAACUCUCAGGUAAACAGAAAUGAGGAGUCUGAUUUUCUUGCUAAUUAGAAUUCUGCUGCAUAUGCGAAUAGCAGUGCUCUGCGCUGAUAAGUAUAGCAGAUAUGACUUUCCACCUGGCUUUGUCUUUGGUUCUGCCACCGCCGCUUAUCAGUAACACAUGGAAGGUGGAGGGAGCAGCAAGCGAAGAUGGGAGGACUCCUAGCAUUUGGGAUACUUUUGCCCACGCUGGGUAUGCUAAUGGAGCCACCGGAGAUGUAGCUGUUGAUCAAUACCACAAAUACAAGGAAGAUGUGAAACUUAUGGCAGAAAUGGGCUUAGAUGCCUACAGGUUUUCUAUCUCCUGGUCAAGGCUUAUCCCAAAUGGAAGAGGACCUCUCAAUCCAAAGGGUGUACAGUAUUAUAACAACCUCAUCAGUGAACUAAUCAGCCAUGGAAUACAGCCUCAUGUUACUUUAAACAAUGCUGAUCUCCCACAGGCACUUGAAGAUGAGUAUGGAGGAUGGAUUAACCGAAAAAUUGUGAAAGACUUCACAGCUUAUGCAAAUGUGUGCUUUAGAGAAUUUGGGGACAGGGUUUCAUAUUGGACUACUGUGAAUGAGCCCAACGUGUUUGCCAUUGGAGGUUAUGAUCAGGGAGUUAUUCCUCCUAGGCAUUGCUCUUCACCUUUUGGAAUAAACUGUACUAGAGGCGACUCCUCAACUGAGCCAUACACAGUUGUUCAUAAUAUAUUGUUGGCACAUGCAUCAGCUGCAAGAUUGUACAAGAGAAAGUAUCAAGAAAAGCAGAAUGGAUUCAUAGGUAUUAGCAUCUACACACUUGGUGCUAUUCCUAAUACAAACUCAACAGAGGAUGCAAUGGCAGCUCAAAGAAUAAAUGACUUCUACAUUGGUUGGAUUGCAAAUCCCUUGGUGUUUGGAGAUUAUCCUGACACAAUGAAAGAAAUCGUUGGCUCCAGAAUUCCUACCUUCACCAAUCAUGAAUCUGAACUUGUUAGGGGUUCGUUUGACUUUUUGGGGGUAAUACAUUACACAACAUGCUAUGUCGAAGAUGACCCUGGUAGUCUGGUACUGAAACAAAGAGACUUUAACAUAGAUGUAGCUGCAAAGAUAAAGAACAUGGAAGAUAUUUUCUUGGAUUCUGAGUAUCCCAUAUUACCUUGGGGCCUGCAAGUAGUGCUGGAGUAUAUUAAGCAAGUUUACGGCAAUCCUCCUCUUUACAUUCUUGAAAAUGGUCAGAGAACCCAGCGCAAUUCAACCUUGGAAGACACAUCGGGAGUGGAAUAUCUGCAAGCAUAUAUUGGGAGUGUGCUGGAUGCAGUAAGGAAUGGAUCGGAUACAAGAGGGUACUUCUCAUGGUCCUUCCUAGAUGUGCUGGAGAUACUGGAUGGCUAUCGAUCAGGUUUUGGCUUUUAUUAUGUAGAUUUGGAUGAUCCGGAUUUAAAGAGACAACCUAAGCUUUCUGCAUAUUGGUAUUCCCAUUUUCUCAAGGGAGGAAGCGUCAGUUCGGACAAAGUGAUCGAUCUCAAGAAUAAUUUCUCUGCUCUUUCCCCCGGCCAUUUCCGCCAGUAGGCUGCUCUCUCGAUUUCCCUAGCUGUCCUUUGGCCCUCUGGCCAAAAAAACAAGAACUUACUGCAGUCCGUAGAAAUUUGUUAAAAUCGAUAUCCAUAUUUAUUAGUAGUAUUUAUAUCUCUUAAUGCUCCUGAACACCAAAUGUACCAAUCUACAUGCAUAAACAGGUUUAUAUAUGUAUCUAGAAACCAGUCCUCAGAUAUUUUUGCUUACCAUUUUACAUUUCCUACUUCUCUAA